UAACUUCUGUACAAUUUUUAGAACUGACACUAUUUCGCCAUAUAUCAAAUACUUUUAUCUCUACAACUCCGCUUUCGAAGCCGCAUUCUGCAGGAUAACAACUGUACAUUGGAGCUUCCGUUUCAAAGGGCACCGUUUAUAUUAUAUGAUGACGAUGGGAAAAACACGAUGACAACACAAAGGUUCCUCAAGUUUGCGGCCGGGGUAAGUGUGUUUGGAAAAGUUUCGUUCCAACUAACUUUUUCCGGGCUGAGGCACAAUAAUACGAGCAUGACAAAGAACUAUUUAUUAGUAUCUUUUCUCUCGUCCCACGUGGAUCAGCGAGCAGCCUAGUGCUGCUGGCUGGUUGGUGCAUACUUUCCGUUCGAAGCAAGAGAUAGACGAAGUCUUGGAAGCAAGCGCUAGUAAUAUUUCGCUAUAAUGGAGCAGCACCAACCAGCUACGACAACGGCUGGUCCAAGUUCAGCAGCCAUGGCCACAGCCACUACGGUUCCAACGCUAGUAGCGGCAACAGCAGUUGUGCCCCGAAAACCACCUCCAAACUUGAACCCCUCUCCAGGACCAAAACCGGGACGUUUCUUCGGAUCUGCCUUCAAUAUAACCAAUCGGUAUCGGGCCAACAGCAGCAACUUGGGAAAGGUUAGCCUGGCCAUAACCAACUUGAAGGUCAUCAAUAACGUUCCGUUACCUCCGCCAAUUUGUGCCAUGGUGGCAAACGACUCGCCUCCGUUGCUGAAGUAUCAACCGUCCUAUCAGCUCCAAUCGAAGAACCCCUUCAAUCGGGAAGCGUGCGAAGUAAUUUUGCGAGAAGCGUUGGACAAGGCUCUUCAGGGGGUUGAAUAUAGUUCCUAUUUCGCGCCAUCCCUAUGCCAGCAGAUCUGUGAAGACGUGAAAUCGAGGGUAAAGGAGUUGAACUUUGAUAGAUACAAAAUCGUCGUCACGGUUACGAUGGGCGAGCGGUACAUGCAAGGGCUGAAAGCAAUUGCCCAGUUCCUAUGGGACCCGGAAAAAGAUAGCUACGUGUCCUGUAUUUACGAUUCUUCGCCGAGCUUGUUUGCCGUUGCGACCAUCUAUGCGAUAUAUUUCGAUUGAGAAAGCGGUUCGUUUCCGCUACACUGGAAUGUACAGACAAUGUGAAUAUAGUUUCUGUGAAUUA